AAUAAAAAAAUUGUGGAAUAGGUCUACAGGAAUUUCUUAUUUACGUUUAUUUUCUCUUGUCCAAACAGUACAUUUUUUUCUCAUCAAGUCUACGUGAAGCAUUUUUCUUAGUGGACGGAACAUUUCACAUUCUGCUUUUUAUGAAGGACACAAGAAACAGUGCCUCUAUUGUGCUAUUUUGUUCCAGUACUUGCAAUAAAGAAUAGCUUUGAAGAUGUCAAACAGUGAUUGGCCAAUCACUGCUGUUACUGUGGUGACAGAUCCCUCAAAGUGCCCUGCGGGAUUCACAAUUAUUGACAAAACAUAUGACAAGAGGGAUGAUGCAGACUUGUGGAGGGAUGGGUACUUUGGGAAGCGUAUCUGUCGCUAUAUGUGUGUGGAGAGAUCUGCCCCCUCUGUAGGUAAAGAUGUACUGGUUGAUGUAGCUGUGAUCAAUGAAAGGGAUCCUAUUCCUGCUGGCUUUACCUGUAUAGACUUCACCAGUGACACACGUGAGAAGGCUAUGAAGAAGAAAAUGCUGUGUGUGAGAUACAUGUCCAGCACUCUUACUAAUGAUGCUAUCGCCGAGCUAAUCAUCCUGUCUAAGGGUGUGCGUCGUCCUCCCAACGGUUACAACCUUGUAGGAGAGUUAAACAACUUGGCACUUUGUUUCAAGAUGGCCAGUUUUCGAUCUCCUACAACUGAAUCCCAACAGAACAAUGUAGCUCAGCCCUACUCACCGAACUACACAACAGAAGCUCCCCUCAAUAACAUGGCGAAUAUUGGAACAACUCUACCGUAUGCCAUCAACCCUACAGGGAACCAUGCUAGACCAGGGCUGGACAGGACCAACAGUUUAGCUGGUAUAGGCAGUAAUCACCAAGAAAACCAUGUGCUCCAUGGUUCCCAGCAAGUGGUACAAGGACCUAACCCCAUGCUGUGUACCACCCUUGCUUUAAGUCACCAGUUACAAGCUUUGUCUGGUGUGCCCUGGCAGAUAAACCCACGAUACACAGAAAUGACCAGGCUACAGGAUAUAAUGAUUCCACAGAUUGGAUACAAGUCGAUCAUGGAUAUUGAAAAUGAGUACUCCUAUUCAUUCAACAUAGAGAGAUCAGUGUCCACGAAUGCCUGCAACUAUGAGUGAUGUAAAGGUCAGAGGUCAGAACUGCCUGACAGUCACAAUAGAACAUGAAGAGAAAAUUGUAUACAUUGGUACUGGGCUGGGUGAUCGUUUGUACACAGGAGUAGGUGAUUAUGAGCUCGGGAAAUAUUGGAAGACUUAGCCAUUUGCUUCAACCAAGAGUUCUGCUACAUUUUAAGGGAAUAAAGACAAACAUUUGGCUUGUAUCAUGUGGUAGCAUGUAAGUAGACAAAGGAAAUCAUUCAUGCUUGGAAAAGUAGUUAACAACAUGUGUUGUCUCCCCUGAUGCCUAGGGAUUCAAAGAUUGUUCUGUCUGUUAGUUGUCACUGUUCUUGUGAGAGAUGGACAUUUUGCCUGGAUACUGCCCAAAUGUCAGAUGGACAAUUUUCCUGGACAUUUGAAUGAGCACUGCCCAAAUGUCAGAUGGACACUUCCCUGAAUAUUUUAAUGACUACUGUCCAAGUGUCAGAUGGACACUAGCCUGAUUUCUGGACAGUCUCAGAUGGACACUAGCCUGAUUUUUGGACAGUCUCAGAUGGACACUUGCCUAAUUUCUGGACAGUCUCAGAUGGACACUUGCCUGAUUUCUGGACAGUCUCAGAUGGACACUAGCCUGAUUUCUGGACAGUGUCAGAUGGACACUUGGCUGAUUUCUGGACAGUGUCAGAUGGACACUAGCCUGAUUUCUGGAGAACUCUUGGCUAUGUUUAAAUUGACACUGGCCAGGUUUCUGGAUGACACUAAGGUUUAAGUCGGUGAAUGGACACUUCUGGUAUUCAGAUGACAUCAAAGUUUCCAGUCUGUCCAAGUAUCCAAGAGACAUGCAGACUUUCAAUGUUCAAUGAUGAUUUGUGUGUUGAUAAUACAUGUACAUCAUUUUGACAACUUCUCCAUUACAUAAAAAUGUCAUGUUGCCCCACCCUUCCACAAAAAAUAUGUCGGUAAGAUUGUUAUUUUGAUAGAAAUGUUACGGUUGAUGAUAACCUAGUCAGGUCCAUACAACAUUGUAUAGACACUGGCUUUGAGGUACUUUAAUUUACUUUGAUAAUCAUUAAUUGCAUAAAUAUCUAACAAAGAAUUUCACCACUAGUAAUUAAAGUCUAUAAAUAACUAACAUUUCAACAGGAUUGGAUGAAGACAUGAAACACAAUAUGUUUGUAUGUUUUAGAUAAAAUCAGUCUGGGGAUCAGAAUGUAUACUCCUUGAGGCACUGAUCCCAUAUAGGGUUUAGUACUCCAUACCUACACAUGUUAGACUUUUUAACCCCGACAUAUUAGACUUUAUUAACUCCUGACAUGUUAGACUUUAUUAACCCCCGACAUAUUAGACUUUAUUAACCCCCGACAUAUUAGACUUUAUUAACCCCCGACAUAUUAGACUUUAUUAACCCCCCGACAUGUUAGACUUUAUUAACUCCGACAUAUUAGACUUUAUUAACUCCCGACAUGUUAGACUUUAUUAACCCCCGACAUAUUAGACUUUAUUAACCCCCGACAUAUUAGACUUUAUUAACCCCGACAUAUUAGACUUUAUUAACUCCCGACAUGUUAGACUUUAUUAACCCCCGACAUAUUAGACUUUAUUAACCCCCGACAUAUUAGACUUUAUUAACCCUGACAUAUUAGACUUUAUUAACUCCCGACAUGUUGGACUUUAUUAACCCCCGACAUAUUAGACUUAAUUAACUCCCGACAUGUUAGACUUUAUUAACUCCCGACAUGUUAGACUUUAUUAACCCCCGACAUAUUAGACUUUAUUAACCCCCGACAUAUUAGACUUUAUUAACUCCCGACAUAUUAGACUUUAUUAACCCCCGACAUAUUAGACUUUAUUAACCCCCGACAUGUUAGACUUUAUAACCCCCGACAUGUUAGACUUUAUUAACCCCCGACAUGUUAUACUUUAUUAACUCCCGACAUAUUAGACUUUAUUAAUCCCCGACAUAUUAGACUUAAUUAACCCCCGACAUGUUAGACUUUAUUAACCCCCGACAUGUUAUACUUUAUUAACUCCCGACAUGUUAGACUUUAUUAACCCCCGACAUAUUAGACUUUAUUAACUCCCGACAUAUUAGACUUUAUUAAUCCCCGACAUAUUAGACUUAAUUAACCCCCGACAUGUUAGACUUUAUUAACCCCCGACAUGUUAUACUUUAUUAACCCCCGACAUGUUAGACUUUAUUAACUCCCGACAUAUUAGACUUUAUUAACCCCCGACAUAUUAGACUUUAUUAACCCCUAACAUAUUAGACUUUAUUAACCCCCGACAUAUUAGACUUUAUUAACUCCCGACAUGUUAGACUUUAUUAACCCCCGACAUGUUAGACUUUAUUAACCCCCGACAUGUUAGACUUUAUUAACCCCGACAUAUUAGACUUUAUUAACUCCCGACAUAGACUUUAUUAACCCCGACAUGUUGUCCUCAGUAUCGAUAAGUAUCCUACAUGGUACAGUGUAGUGUAUUUUGAGUCAUACAGUGUAUUCGAGAUAUCAAUACACUUUAUGUUUUGAAGAUCCAUUAAUAAUAUCAUUGAUAAAUUCUUGACAAAUUUGAAAAGCAGAAAAUAAACAUUCUUAUAGUGUAUGUAUACAACUCUAUGACUCAUGCCCUAUAUAUACCGGUAAAUCUUUUUCAUACAAUGCUUACACCAGUAUAUGAGAGUUUACUCUGAAUGAUGUUUGUCACACGUUAACGAAGUAUUAAAGUUAGUAUUAGGAUUUAUUAUUGAUUAAUAUCUAGUUAAUUACAUUCAUACGUCUUUUCCGACAUAGCAUUAUUGCGACCAAAGUCAACCAAUAUUGAUAAAAUUACCCCAACUUGGCCAAUAUCACUUGCAUACCAUUUCCAGAUAUCAGACUAUUGUUUCCUUUGAUUGACAAAUUCCAUUUUUCACAAAAUUGUUAGUAAAAUAUCUGUACACAGAGAGAUGGGUACAUAUGUAGAUCUAGGUACAAGUUCCUAUGAUAUCUUAUCUAAAUGAUUCUAAUCUUUUACUUCAGUAUAUAAAUAUACUGUUUGGAUGAUCUCGGCUGCUAACUUUAAGUGGAUAUACCAGAUAGAAUAAUUCACUGUAGUUUAUAUCUAUCACAAUUGUAAUGAACUUUUUAUCUUGCUAGGACAACUUGGUUUGGUGGGAAAUAUAAAGUAAUACUAGUGAAAUUAAAAGAAGAAGAAAAAUGAUAGUUCAUUUCAUGAUUUAAGCUUAUUUGAAGUUUAUGUAACUAAAUAAAAACAAAGACAUAAACUUCAAACUUUUGUGAUCAUAGUGUCAGUUUUGUGAUCAUAGUGUCAGUUUUGUGAUCAUAGUGUCAGUUUUGCAGUAUUCAAGAUAAAAACAAUGUGCUUUGCUUAAAUUGUGAUUUUCAACUAGACAUUGUAUAACAAUAACUAGAUGUGCAACAUUGUCUUGUGAAAAUAGGAUUUCCCCCAGAUGUAGUGAUAUAAAUUGAGAAAUUAAAUCUGUUAACAACACUAUGCUUGUAAAUGCUUGUAGGGACGCUUCAGUUUAGUCAGCGACAAUGAAAGUAGACAGGAUGUGUGGAUGAAAGCUUGGUGUUUUCUAUUGUUUGAGGUUUUAUUUCAUGAAAGAAGAUGUUUUUAGUGUUAUUUAUUCAUAUGUUAACAAAUAAAAAGGAUAUUCUUGAC